UUCAGAAGAACUGCCAUAAAUUUCAGUUUAGUGAAAUCAACAACCAUUUCUCUAAUUAAUAUGGAGUAUUUCUGAUGGAGCAUUCAUUGAAGAAGGAAUUGAUUAAUAUGAUUUAUUGAGAAAGUCAUAUACUUACAGUAACUAAACAGAAAAAAAAACCAGUAGUUAAAAGGAACUAAAUUUGGCAACAACAAAUGAAAAGUUUUCAAUAAUUUAAGUUGUUUAGUUUGGAUAAGAUAUCUGCCAAAAAAAAAUAACAUCAACUUGGGACAAACAUAUCAAUAAAAACUGCAAAUUUUAUAAGUGAACUUUUACAAUACCAUAGACAUGGAAUUCAAUAUUUCAUUUUUGGAAAAGACUCUUGGAAGGGAAAAAAUAACAGGAUUUGAAGAAUUUUUGUCAAGUAUGAAUUUUUCAUUUGAAACAAACAAGACAACAGAAUCAACUUCUUCUGAACCUGAAACUAUUAUCACUAUAACUCUUAGUAUGGUGGCUCUGAUUCUUAAUUUCUUUGCUGUGUGUGGGACAUAUAAUAUACCAAAUGGAUUAACGACACAUUCCAAAUUAAUUAUAAGUCUUGCCAUCUCAGAUAUUCUCAUUGUUAUCAGUGUUUUCGCUCACCAAAUUUCAAACAUUUUCCAUGAACCCCUGAAUCCUUUAACAGCUACUGCAGAUGAAAGAAUCUCAAUUGCAUGUUCAUUUGCGGUUAUCAGCUCUUUGAACAUAAUGGCACACCUGAUAUCACUGUUGAACCUGCUUAUGAUGGCUGUAGAUCAUUACUUGGCAAUUAUAAGACCAUACCAAUAUGCUUUUCUCCUUAAUAAGCGUAAUGGUGUUAUUAUCAUCAUUUCAAUGUGGAGUGUGGCAUUUAUUGGUGCCUUUAUUAAUUUUUUCACCGGCAUAGGAAGUUUUGAAGAAGGCAAACUGAACUAUUGUGAAUACAUUAUGUACAACGACUUCCAUGGAGAUUAUCUGGUUAUAGCAUUUACAUUUAUCUGUCUCCUUAGUAUUGUUUUCAUGUACCUAAGAAUAUAUUGUGAAGUUCGUAAGAUGAACAAACGCCUGACCUUACUGACCUUCAAUAAAGAACACAAUUCUAAAACCUUGAUAACAACACUUUUGAUAAUUGGAACAUUUACAGUGUGUUGGAUGCCAUUAUUCACUCUCCAAACAGUACUUCUUAUUAAAAUCCAAGUCGAUCCUCAAGCUUUGUUGAAAGACACCAAUUUGAUCAAAGCUUUAAUUUUGGCGAACAAGUACUUGUAUUCUCUACUACUAGUGAACUCAAUUUGUGACCCAAUUAUCUAUGCAGUAAGAAUUAAAGAAGUUCAGUUAGGCUAUAAAAAAUUCUGGAAAUCAUUAUGUGGGGAAUACAAAAUUUUACAAAAUAUAAGCGUAAGGAAGUCAUCUAAGAUAGUUUCUUUACUCGACAGACGUAAAAUGAGAGUAAACUCGGAACAUGAAACAGGAGAAAGAACAAUUUGUUUGAUGAUGAGUGAAAAUGGCUAUGACAAAGAUAAAGACAAAUCAAAUAUUGAAUGUGACAAUGAAUAACUGACAGAACAUAACUGAUAUUGAAUGUGACAAUGAAUAACUGACAGAACAUAACUGAUAUUGAAUGUGACAAUGAAUAACUGACAGAACAUAACUGAUAUUGAAUGUGACAAUGAAUAACUGACAGAACAUAACUGAUAUUGAAUGUGACAAUGAAUAACUGACAGAACAUAACUGAUAUUGAAUGUGACAAUGAAUAACUGACAGAACAUAACUGAUAUUGAGGAUAAAAGUGAUUUAAACUGUAGAUACAUGGAAUAACUAGAAAUUGACUUAUCAUGGUUUUAAUAUGAUACAUAGUUUAUACAAUUUACUGUACAAGCAUUUGACAGUGUAGUUGAGGCAGAUUUACCCAAUACAGACUGAGUUUCACCUUACAUGAAAUAAUAACAAGUUAUAAUAUGCAUACAUAAAUUUUAUCAUUUUAAAAUAUUUGUCUUAACAUGUAUUUAUAUAUGUAGGACUCUAAAGUGCGAUGGUCUACGCGAAAGUGCGAUGGUUUGAUAUGCUAAAGUGCGAUGGUCUGGGAUAUUCAAUGGAAUAUGCUAAAGUCCAAUGCCUGAAUACACUAAAGUGCGUUUUUCCGCGAAAGUGUGUUUGAUUGCGAAUUUUAUGGACUUUUAGCUUAGCAACGUCAAAUGCCAUUUGUACAAACAAAAACGGACAUGCCUGAAAACUAGACAAGAAAAGAAAUAAGAGAGCAAUAAAUGAUCCCAAUCAGGAUUAUUUUUGAUCGGCAAUGGAGGAGGUACACUUGAUUUGUAAAACAGCUGGAGUCCCCCCCCCC